AUGCCAUUACAGCUCGUCGCAAUGACUUCAACUGCGCAAACCCACAGAGUAUUCCUCGUAUACGAGCUCUUGGAGGCGAUCCUCCUCCUAACCGAUCCUCGUACGCUUCUCACCUCCGCCCAGCGAGUCUGCCAUUUCUGGCACGAUCUCAUCCAAGACUCCCUCGAAAUCCAAAGGGCGCUUUACUUCAAGCCUUCCUCGGCCUCCCCGAAGGCGUAUAAACUCCAAGCCGAGUUCGAGACAGAAAUCUCUACCGUCCAGGUUCCCGCCCCAUACAUUCACCUGGGACACUUGGCCGCCGCGGUCGAGAACAAGGUGCUCUGCCCGGAGCCCACGUCCCUGCAUAUCCUGGCGGGAUGGGCCAACUCCGAUGCUAUGUCCCUGUCAGCGCGUACGACCAUCAAGGCUGUCGAGGCCGACUGCCCCUACUGGGACACGGAGGCCAUAUUCUUCUGCCUACCAAGUCGUUUUUCUACGCAUUCUGUUGGCAGCGUGCUGAUGUGGCUUGAUUCCACAUCAGUGCCCUGGCGCAAGUGGGAGGUCGUCGGCCAUUAUUUUGUUUGA